CUUUGUAAAUAAACUCUCUCAAUCUACUAUCAGCAUACCAAACAACAAACACUCUUUUCUCACUUUCACCACAUAAAAUCAAAAACAGCAAUAAUACCACAAUGUCCGAUGCACAAUUACUAUCAUGUUUCAAUAGAUUAGAAAAGAUUCUUAACGAAACCAAAAUCUAUACAAAAUUAAUGAAUAUUAACAAAGAUGGAUUAGCUCCAAAUUAUUACGACGAAGAUGAAUUAUUAUUUCCAUUAGAAAUAGGUCACGAGAUGUACAAUAAAACAUUAAAAGUAUAUUUAGAAUCAAAAGCUUAUAUAGAAGGAAUCGAAAAAUCUUUAAAUAAAUGUAUCGAUAAAAUUGGUAAAAAUGAAAAAGGGUCACACUUAAUUAACCAAAAUAAAUUUAGUUCAAAUUCAUCAUCAAAUUCGUCCUCCUCGAGUGAUGAGGAAUCAUCAAAACAAGAAAUUGGCCAAAAAAGAAAAUCAAAAAAAGUACCACCAAAUUCCAAAUUAAACAAGAGACUUAAACAGCCAGACACAAAAGAAGAUAUACCUUCCAAUGCAACCACAACCACCACCACCACAACCUCAACUACAACCAAAGACCAUAAAAUUGAAAAGGAUAAAUCUGACAAAGAAGGUAAAGCCGAUAAAUCUGAUAAAGAGAAUGGUAGUCACACCCCAUCCAAAGAAAAGGGUAGUCAAUCAACCACACCAUUAAAAGAUAAUAAUGGUAAUGGUAACAGCGCAAAUGGUCAAAUCCAACCAGGUCAAUUGGUUGCCGCAAGAGACACAAAACUCCAAUGGAUUUUAGCUAAAGUAAAUAGUUAUUCGCCUAAAACUCAAAAGUAUGAAGUUAUCGAUGAAGAUGAAGAUGAACCAAAACGUUUCUCUGUUGGUUCAAAAGAUAUUCUUCAAUUACCAAGUCCAAAUAAUCUUCCACAAAUUCCACUUCAAACUAAAGUUCUUGCUAUGUUCCCUGAUACUACUGCUUUUUAUCCUGCUGUUGUUGUCAAUGUUCAUAAAGUUAAAGGUAAACCAACUCAUUAUCACCUUCAUUUCGAAGAUGACCAAGAAAAUGGUGAAACUCCAAAUAGACGUGUCAAUGCUCAACAUGUUAUUCAAUUAACUAAAUAAUAAUAAUAAUAAUAAUAAUAAUAAUAAUAAUAAUAACAAUAAUUUAUUUUUAUAAUAACAAUAAUAACAACAAUAUAUUUUAUAAUAUUAUAAUAAUAGUUUGAAAAAAUUUAACCAAUUCAUUUUUUUAUAUUAUUUAUUAAAUUUUCAUGCAGUUCACCCCCAAAAAAAAAAUCACAACCACAAUCGAAUUUCUUUUUAUAUUUUUUUCAUUCAUAAUGAAAUAAUAUAGUUUAGAAAUAAAAAACCCUCUGUAAAUUUUCCAAUUUAUCUUUUUUCUUUUUUUUUUUCAUUACAAAAAAAAAAAGAAAAAAGAAUUUUAAAAAAAAAACAUAAAAAAAAUAGAGAAAAAUAUAAAAAAAAAACAAAUAAAUAAAAAUUUAAUUU